GCAUUGGUGCCCCAGGAGUACAAUGGCUUUAGGAUACACAAAAUGCGCGAAAUAUGUUCCAAACUCUUGACACGACUGCUCCUUCUCUCUGCACACUGCCGGUGCUUUGCAAGGGACGCCAGCAGGCCUCAAGUUGCUCAAGUUUCGUACAGCGUAUCAUGAAGGGAUCGCCGUCUCUGCAUGGCAGUUCGUGGGACGUGACGCGAACGCCGAGUGUGUUUCGGUGACAGGGCGAGCCCCGUAGUUCUUCCGAGAGAGACACGUCGUGCCCCCGCCAGCCGCCGUCAUGUAUUUUCCCAUACGGUGGCCGCAAGUGCUCAACAUCGACAGAGAGGCCAGUUCUACGUUGACUUGGAUCGCGUCGGACUACAACAGGACGCUGUUCGCUGUUCUCACCGAGAACAGCAUUGGCAUUUGGCUCGAGAAGCUCUGUGUCCAGAUUGCAUCUCAUGUUCGGACGAGCGAGUCACUCAGCAAGCAUGGCAGCAACUCUCGCCUGGUCUGGAAGCGAGACUCCUCGAUGUUGGCCGUCCUGACAUUUAAGGGCCACCUACUCAUGUACAAAGUUGUGACUGAGGAAUCUCAACCACCACUCUUCGAACAAAUCGACAGCAACCAAGCCAACCUCAAGAGGGAGAGCGCAGAGCUCUUCGUCAAAGACCGUGUGCUGCCCAUUAAACUGAUACCCACAUCUCAUCUUUCAACCUCAGCUGAUGUUGCCGGUGUGCUCAACUUUGGGGCCGAAGAGCUCCUGCUAUGCUGCGGCAGUGGUCUGAUGCUGCGUGUUGGCUGGGACGCCGCCUUGCAUCAGGAGCUGACGCUCGAUCUUCGCGAUGUGCCAUUCCACAGUGGAGCACCUUCUGCACCUAGACCAAGCCCACACCGGGGUUCUUUGGAAGUGCGAGACGUGCAGUACCUGCCACUGCUUGGCGGACUGGCCAUUGUUUUCCGUAAUGGCCGUGCCGCUGUCGUCCUGAGCUCCAGUCCCGAGUUUGAGUCCAAGGAUGCGCAUGCCGUUUGGAUACCUGAUGUCACUGAAGCUACGGUGACUGCCGUGAAUCACCGCUACAGGCUAGUUGCCAUUGGACUGGCCAAUGGUCAGGGUGCAGUGUUCUACCUGGAUGAAGCCAGUGGCCAGUUUGUGGCCUCGCACAAGCUUUGCUUGUCUCCUAAGGACUUCCCGGAGUCCGGGGCCGGUGCUGUGUCGCAGCUACAAUGGACCCCUGAUGGCUGCGCCUUGGUCUUGGCUUGGGCCCGUGGUGGCUUCUCACUGUGGAGCGUCUUCGGCUCCCUCCUCGCAUGCUCCCUCAACUGGGAUGGUGGUCCACCCGCCUGCAUUCAUGCUCUGGAAUGGGGUGUUGAAGGAUACCAGCUAUGGAUGGUGGCUUCCCCGAGUGACCACCCUGAGCAGCGCGAUGUCAUGCUAAUGAACUUUGUCAAGAGUGCCUCCACUGUGAACCCUGGAACCUGUGGUGGUGCUCGGCAAGUUCUGCUUCAAGGCGCUGAUCGAGUGUUAGUCAGCUCGGAGUCUGACUUGGCCGAUCGUGACGCACCAUGGCCUCAGGAUGGGUGCCGAGGAAACAAGCACUGGACUGUGGAGCUGGUUCCGCACACAUACCUGGCAGCCAACUGGCCAAUUCGAUACUCUGCAAUAGAUGCUGGCUGCCAUCACGUUGCAGUGGCUGGCCGGGGAGGUUUCGCCCACUGCUCGCUAGCACACAACAAGUGGAAGUUCUUUGGCAAUGAAACACAGGAGCAAGACUUUGUGGUGACCGGUGGCAUUCUCUGGUGGGAGUCGCUUGUCGUGCUUGGCUGCAUCAACCUCCGUGAUGGCUCUGAUGAGGUGCGUCUGUACCCGCGAUCCUCGAAACUGGACGACAUCUUCGUGCGGGUGCUGCGGGUCGACGCCCAGGUGCUCCAGCUCGCACUCUCCGAAGACCGUCUGCUCGUGUUUGCCUCCAACAGUCGCCUGGCACUCCACCGUAUAAGCCACAGUGGCCUGGAGCGCCUGCAGGAACUGGACCUGUCCGCCCUGGUGCCGCACCCGCUGUGUGUGGUGUCGGCCACCUUGGUGCAGCUGGGCGGGGCACGUGGAGGCCCCUCCUCCAAGCUGGCCGUACUGCUCAAUGUGGCCGGACGACUGGUGCUGCUACAGCAGGACCCUGCCUCGGCGCCACCCCCGCUAGCCCCACCCCGGGGGGCACCACCCCCACUACUUCGCCAGUGGAGUGCCCCCACUGUGCUUGCUUUCUGCGUUGAGAGGGUCUGGGUGGCUGAGAGCUGCCCCGAGUCUCGAAUGCCGCACCUGACUCAAGCGCUGUGGAUUGCUUGCGGUGUCCACGGCAUGCAGGUGUGGCUGCCACUGUUCCUGCCAGGCGACACUGCCGGUGCCAAGCAUGCCUUCAUGGCAAAGCGUAUCAUGCUGCCAAUUGCCGUCCACAUCUAUCCCCUCGCCGUGCUUUUUGAAGAGGCUGUGGUUCUCGGUGCAGAAAGUGACACGGCACUCUGCGGCAGUGACCCAUUCCCUCUUUGUGUUGUUUCCAAGUCGAGUCAAGUCUACUUGCACCUAAUUCUACGCCAGCUGCUUUGCCGCAACCUGGGCUACCACGCAUGGGAGAUAGCGCGCAGCUGUGCUGAACUGCCUUACUUCCACCACUCGUUGGAGUUGCUGCUGCACGAGGUGCUUGAAGAAGAGGCCAUGUCAUCCGAGCCCAUUCCUGAUGCGCUGCUUCCACGAGUGAUCGACUUCAUCCGCGAGUUCCCGGUGUUCCUCCAGACAGUGGUGCAGUGUGCCCGCAAAACUGAGCUUGCACUGUGGCCUCAUCUGUUUGCGUCUGUGGGAAACCCCAAGGACCUCUUCCAGGAGUGCCUCCUGCAAGGACAGUUGGACACGGCUGCAUCCUAUUUACUGGUUCUGCAAAACUUGGAAGUGCCUCUUGUCAGCCGUCAGCAUGCAACUCUGCUGCUGGGAGCUGCUCUCGAUGGCGCCCAUUGGGUCUUGGCACGUGACUUGGUGCGCUUCUUGCGUGCCAUCAACCCCGAAGCAGACUGCUCACCUCCGCGACCCUCGACUGGUCCUUCAACGGAUGAGGACACAGUGAACCAAGUGUUUAUGGAAGUCAUUCUGACCCGACAUGCUCGCAAGCUGCUGGGAGCGGGACAGUUGCGCAAGCUCGGUUCAUUCGCAGCCCAUCUUGACUUCCCUCUGCAGAACUUCCUUGAGAAAGAACGGCUGCGGGCAGCCAAGGUGGAAGACUUCGUGUCUGCGCUGAAGGCAGUGCACACGGAUUUCGAGUGGCCAAUGCCGGCCAGUCCCGUCACACCUGGGGCGAGCCAAGUCGGUGGUGCGGGAGAUGAAGAAGCCACGCCCCCUGCUUCCAUGGGGGGUCAACCACUUCGUAACGGAGGUGUAGACGGGGGUGUAGUGACACGUGGCUCACCAGCCGACUCAGAGAGCACCUCAGAGGAGAGCUGGUGGCUCGAGGAGGACGAGGCGGGACUGCAUGCGGCCAGUGUCGCCGAGCUGCGGGGCUCUCCACAAGUGGAGGCCCAAGCCAGGUACCUCCUCCACAUACUGGGACAGGCUCGGUGCUGCGACUGGGCUCUACCUUUGGCUUUGAUGCUUGGUGACACCCUGGUUGCACCACUGGUGGCCACUCCAGAGGCGCUGGACAAGCUGAUGCAGUGGGCAUUGGCCGAAUGUCCAGGUUACGUGGGACUGCUCCGUCAAGUUCAAGGUCGCGGGUCAGACACGCCUUCCUCCAACGGUGCGGUCCAACGCAGCAGCCCCAUGGAGGCUCGCAGGAUGACCGCCGCCACCAGCGUCGUCACCGAGGGACCAGAAGAAGGCUGCCGUGUGUCAUAGCGCCCCUGACAAGAGCUAUGUAGGUACAGAGCCAGGGCAGGCUAAAAGUGCCGUCCGUGUCGUGCCAGUGCGAGAUGGCCGAGUGUCGUUCCGCGUAUCGCACGGGUGGUGCAUGACUAAUCUUCCGCAGCUAUUGUGUGAAAGGCGUCGGACGACUUCAGUCCGGUGUGGAGGCUGACAGAGUUUGAAGUCUCUGUUUCUACGUUCAUGAAGACGCAGCGGAGAGGUUAGGCAGGCUCGAGCCCUCCAUUCAAGGGAGAGGUAUUGUAACUCUAGUAGUAUUAGUGCAGCAUGCUGCUCGCAGGCACACACAGCAAAAAGGAGGCGCUUUUGGAUUAGCGCCGCUCAAUGGUUCGUUAGGCUGGCAGUACAAAACGAGCGCUGCAUCAUCCUUUAGGCAUGCAAAGAAGUUGCAUAGGACUCGCGUCUCUAGCAACACUUGCCAUUUGACAAAACGUCUUCUUGCGGAGUAGCCGAAUUUCGGUGAUGCCAUCAUCCAUCAAAGCCCACGUCUCACACACUACGGUGAAACCAGCUGUCACGUGGGCAUGAUAAGCUUGCAAACAUAUCCUCGGGAAAUCUUAAAAACGUGAGCUAUUUUAACUUUUCACUCGCGCAAUCGACGUCGACCAACUUCCUAGACAAGCCGCUAUCGACGAGUCCGGCGCACGGACUUGUCACUUGUUAUAGGCCUACUCAACAGCACGAGCUGGCCCGGACCGUACGGACUGCCACUGUCUUGGUUCUCCAUUAUCGGUUCCACCUCACUGCACGCAACAGGCCUGCACUGUGGCAUCGUCCUGCCAUGUCUCACUCGGAACAUGGAGUAUCGUAUGGCUGUGACAAAAAAUAUCUUACAAGGCAUCACUACCUGUGGGCUCUUAUGUCUGAUCUCUUCCUUGUGCACUGAACUGCACUCUACGUUAGUGCCCUGGCCGUCCUUCUGAAGUCCGAAGCCCAAACUGUCAAACAAGGUGAACUUACCGCAGUAUUCGAUGGUUGCUCCAUCCGCCUUAGUUCACAUUCCUUUCGUGACUGUAAGUGAACUGUGACGAAGUCACCAGUUUUUUAAACAGUGUUGUUUGGCCUUUCUUUGUGAGAUCAACUGUGCGUGACCCUGAGACUGCUCAUUCGACGUGCCGUACUUCAAUGCCUGGCCUUGGAGGACCACUGCCGUACCUUCCAUUUCGUAAGCAACCGUGAAAAUCCAUCUAACUUGGGAGUCGGGUAAAGAAGGGAAAUGAGUGCUAGGAAGGAAAAUGAAGAAGUCCUGAUAUCACAGGCUGCUUUGUGGUGGGGUGGUGAAUGUUUCAAACUGAUGUAUAGUAUACAUAAAUGAAUUUGUUUUUUA